CCGUUUUUUAUUUUUGCAAACGACAAAACUAAAAUUACAGAAUUAGGACAUAUAUAAACGAGCGCCUAAAGUUAAAAACUUAAAAACCCAGAAAAAAAAAACUAAAUUUCAUUUUUUUUCCUCGUUAAUUUUUUUCUGUGGUUCCGGUCACCGCAGCUCUGUCAUCAUCUUCUCUUCUUGCUGCACCUUCUUCUUCUUCAUCUACCAAUCUGAAAUCUUCUCAGAUUCUCUGUGAAUUUCCCCAGAAAAAUCUCGAUCCGUAGACCGGAUUACUAAAAGGGUCAAUUUAGAAUCGUUUUGUCUGAGUUUCUGAUUACAGGUGUAAUUGCAAAGAUUUGGUUUUUUUUUUUAAUUUUUUUUUUGAAUGUUGUGUAAUUUUUUUGUAUGUGUAGUCAGAUUCAGUUUCCUUUGAGCUGUACAGAUUUUUGGGAGGUUAUAUCGUUUUGUGAUCUGUUUUGGGUUUUGGUUCCCCCUUCUCCGAUUUCGUUGUUUGUUAUUGUAUCGAAGGCCCAAGUUUCUCGAGCUCCGGGUCUGAAGAUUUUGUUCAAAUGGCGGCGUCAGAGAGAUCGAUUGACCAAGUAGUCGACAUGACUUCUUCGUUCCUCCAGAAAUUCAGGCUCUACGAAACGCGCUCGAACUUCUACAUGAUCGGGAGAGAUAAAAACCGAACCUUUUGGAGGGUCCUGAAGCUUGAUAGGACGGAGGCAACAGAGCUCAACUUCUACGAAGAUUCAACGGCUUACACAGAAGCUGAAUGCUUCGAAACUCUGAGAAGGAUACACGAAGGAAACAGAUCAUCUGGUGGAUUGAAAUUCGUCACCACUUGCUACGGGAUCAUCGGGUUCAUAAGGUUCUUGGGGCCCUAUUACAUGCUGAUAAUCACUAAAAGAAGGAAGCUUGGUGAAAUCUGUGGGCACACGGUCUAUGGUGUGGCAAAGAGCAAGAUAAUUACGAUCCCACAUGCCUCUGUGCUAUCCAAUGUGGCUUAUUCUAAGGACGAGAAAAGGUACAAAAGGCUACUCUGCUCUGUCGAUCUUGCAAAGGACUUCUUCUUCAGCUAUUCCUAUCACAUCAUGCAUUCACUUCAGAGGAAUCUGUCAAACAAUGUGGAAGGACACAGUUACUACGAAUCUAUGUUUGUCUGGAACGAAUACUUAACUCGACGGAUCCGAAAUAACGCAAAGGACUGUAUGUGGACAGUCGCCUUGGUAUAUGGAUUUUUCAAACAGGUGAAACUGUCAGUUACUGAGAAGAACUUUAGAUUGACGCUAAUUGCGCGCCGAUCUCGGCAUUAUGCUGGCACAAGAUAUCUGAAACGUGGUGUGAACGAGAAAGGCAGGGUAGCUAAUGAUGUUGAGACAGAGCAGAUUGUUUUCGAGGAAGCUCAAGAUGGUAAUCCCGUCCGAAUAAGUUCUGUAGUUCAGAACCGGGGUUCGAUUCCUUUGUUCUGGUCUCAGGAGACUUCACGCCUGAAUAUCAAACCUGAUAUAAUAUUGUCAGCGAAAGACCCCAGCUUCGAGGCAACCAGACUCCACUUUGAAAAUCUCGCAAGGAGAUAUGGGAAUCCAAUCAUCAUAUUGAACUUGAUCAAGACGCGUGAAAAGAGGCCUCGGGAGACUAUUCUGCGUGCGGAGUUUGCAAAUGCAAUUAAAUUUAUAAACAAAGGGCUAAGCAAGGAGGACCGUCUAAGGCCUCUUCACUGGGACUUGCAUAAACACUCCAGAAAAAAAGGCACAAACGUGUUGGCAAUCCUCGGCAGGUUGGCUACUUAUGCACUGAACUUGACUGGCAUCUUCUACUGUCAGCUAACUCCAGAUCUCAGAGCAGAGGAGAAUCCAUCCACCUUAGAGAACAACAAUGGUGAAUGUUCUACUUAUGAUCUUCCCAGUAAAGAUGAUGAGACUGCAUCAAAUUCGGCGGUGGAGAGUGGUAACGACAGUAAGGAUGCUACGACGCUUCAGAAAGGAGUCCUGAGGACCAAUUGCAUAGACUGUUUAGACCGAACCAAUGUUGCUCAAUACGCCUAUGGUUUGGUAGCAUUUGGGCGUCAACUCCACGCUUUGGCGUUGACAGAGUCUACUACUAUUGAUCUGGAUAAUCCCCUCGCUGAAGAUUUGAUGGGAAUUUACGAGACAAUGGGAGAUACGCUCGCGCUUCAGUAUGGAGGAUCCGCAGCACACAACAAGAUAUUUUGUGAAAGGCGUGGUCAAUGGAAAGCGGCGACUCAUUCACAGGAACUAUUCAGAACUCUACAACGUUACUACAGUAACGCCUAUAUGGAUGCAGAAAAGCAAGAUGCGAUUAACUUGUUCUUGGGAUACUUUCAGCCACAGACAGAUAAGCCGGCGCUAUGGGAAUUGGGUUCUGAUCAGCAUUACAAUGCAGCAAGGUUUCUUGCCAGUACUGUACCGGAGAGUUCAAGGUCUACGAUGAAACGAUCUUUAUCAGAAAGUAGCAUCCUUAGCGAGAGCAGUAGUACAGCCACGUUGGGAGCAGUCGCUAGACAUGAUUUAGCUGAAAAGGAUGAAGAAGUAAAAGGUCUUUCGGAUUCAGCACCUGAGAUCUCAACUUCUGAAACUGCCAUGAUUGGUACUAGUAUGAGUGCUCCACCACCGAUAAUGGAGGAAAUAGGAUUAGACCAGAUUCUUGAAAACGAUUGCUUCUGCUUAGAUGGGCGUGGUGACGAAUGUACAUGUGCAGCUUUUGAUAUGGAUUGGGUUUCUUCUUCAGGAAACUCUUGUGAAGAUGAGAGUUACGGAAGAUCCACAGUGGUUAGAUCCUUCGAAACAAUCCCUGAAAGUAGGAAAAUAGAGUCAGAAAUUUCUGUUAUUGAAUCUGGUUCCAGCAGUAGAAAGAGAGAUGAAGUUACUGUGGAGGAAGAAGAAGCCGUUUCUGGGAUUCCUCAAGGUUAUUUGAGGUGGGUGAUGGAUGAAGACGGACAUUUCUGGUGAGAAUUGAGCUUUGCAAACACCACCAUUACAUGAUUUUCUAAACCACAAAAAAAAAAGAACAUACCUUUUAGUGCUGAUGAGGAAAGAAAAGUAUCAAUCAGGAGAAGAAAAUAACUGAAAAAAAGAGAAGAAAAACUAACCGCAGCGCUAAUUAAUUAAUCGGAUUAGUAGAAAAAGGGUGAAAGAGAGAGAUAAAAUGGGUAACAAGCUUGUAAAUAAUUUACAGAAGACGUAUGAUUAUGAACAUAACUCAGGAUCUUCUUGUUGAAUUUUUAUUUUUUGACAAUGGUUUUUUUUCUUCUGAGGCUCUGAUUCCGAAUGCAAUAAAAAUCAGAGAAAGUUCAGUACUCCUCAAUAAAUUUUCAACGAACCGAGAGUUUCGUAAAGACAAUCCCAAUUUUGUCUGUUUCAUAGCAAUAGUAUUGGUCCUCUCUAAAUUAAACAAGCGUUACACAAUACAAAGAAC